AUGGGCAUCGUUCCACCGGCGACACGGAACACGAAUCCAGUCAACGACGUGCCAGCAGCCACAGAAGAUCGGCCGACAUCUUCGCGUAUUGCCCGCGGGGUUGAGGCACCAGAAGAGACAACCCGGGGUCCACAAGCAUCUCCCAUCACCGCCACCGAGGCACAUGUGGCACCCCCAAUGCGUGAGUUGUUCGUGUCGGACGUGGCAGAAUUGGGAGAGGAUGACAUGGCGGAUGCGCCAUCCGUCGCAUCUUCCGACGAAACGGCAGAUGAGCUUGACGUGCGGAUAGCGCUGGCCUACAUAUGCCGCAAGUAUUUUUUCCCCAACACCGCCAUCACCGUGAUCAUUCGGUUAUUUAAGAGCAUGAAAUGGGCCGCUUCAGAUCUGCAUUUCUGGGAAUCAUUCCGCGAUCUAGAGGAGUUCGAAAGGGAGUUCGCCCCGGGGGAUGAGGCUUGGGAGGCGGUGGAUCUUGAGCUCGCAGGUGAUUUCGGCACUAUCACGUUCCGAUACCGCCCAAUCAUCCGGGUGCGCCAUGCGGUCCUGCUCAAGAUAUGGGCCCGAAUGUCUGGUGUCGACGGAUUCGCAACGCGACCCAUCAUCACCCGCGGAGAGGAUAAGGUGCGGAGGUACACCAGCCCGGUGGAUACGAACUGGUUCCACCAAGCCACGGAAGAGCUCAAGGGUAAGGCCAUAGUGGCUGGCAUCCUGCUAUUCAGUGACUCCACGCACCUUACCUUCAACGGACGUCAGUUUGCGCACCCCCUGCGGAUGACCCUGAUCAACAUCCCUGAGGCGUUUCGGUGGCUACUAGGGGGUUCAGAGACAAUCGCCUUGUUUCCGGCUCUUCCGUCUGACAUGUCGGCAGAGCAGAAAACGGCGGUUGUUCAACAGAUGCUGAAGAUUGUGCUGGGCCCGAUCAUGGAGGUUUCCACGGCCGAAAGCGGGGGGGUGCAGGUCAUGGAUCAUACGGGUCGUGAGUACACAGUGAUACCCAUGCUAUCCAUUUGGGCAUGUGACCACCCUGAGUCGUCCAAGAUCACGUGCACGAUGGCGGCGUCGUCCAACAAGCCGUGCUCCAUGUGCACCGUUAGCCGAUGGGAUCUCGCGAAGGUCACAGCCGCCUUGACACCACGCACGGUGGCGGAUCAGAAGCUACUGUUUGAGGACAUGGCCCGGUGCACGCCCGAGGAACGCGCCCUUAUCAAGAAGGCGUGGUCCACCCACUAUGUGGCGUGCGCUUUGUGGGAGUGGGGCUAUGUCACGAAGCAAUGGGGCAAUCUCUAUGAGGCCAUUGGUGUUUGCGUACUACACGCGGUGGACGAAGGGAUGAAUGCAAGGAUUCUUGCGGGCGAGACGCCGGGGUCUGUGCUGAGAGUGCCGAACGUGGUCACCUACUUCCGUACACUCGCACGCUACGCCGCUUGGGAGCAUCAGUCCAUGAUGCAGAUUGUGCCGCUUCUCAUGCACCUGCCGGGCCGCGAGGACGUGGGUCGGGCCAUGGUGAUGUUCAACGACUGGUACCGGGCGUACUUCAAGGUCCCAUACCACACGGAGGCGUCAUUGACGCAAUGCAUUGCGAUGUCUGAGGAGCUGGUUGAUACACUCGUGCGAGUGUUUCCCAACCAGAAGUCCCAUUGGCUGCUCAUUAAGGUGCAUGAGAUCGCUCACCUUCCCGACCUGAUCCGCUCGCGAGGCAUGCCUCAAGAAUACUCGACGAACAUGGGGGAACAUUCGCACAAGACAGAGGUGAAGUGCCAUGCGCGGAACUCCAACUGGCGCGAUGUGGGCCGCGACAUCGCCGUGCGGCACGAACGACUUGCCGCGAUCAAGGAACUGACCAAAGACGAUGGCGGAGGCAAGUCGUACGAGACUGCCAUGCGCCUGGCAAUCGACCGCAACGAGCGUGUGCUCACAAAGACGUUUCGGCGCAUGAACCUUGGUGCACCGCUAGACCCCGCAUGGACCUCGUACGAGUUGGCGCUGGGCGAGGAGGUGAUGGGCAAGUUCAACAGGGAGCUGGCGCGUUCGCAGAUCACUGUGACACGCCUACAGGUGCACAUAGCAAUGGCGAUCCCUCCCCACGACCGGAUGGACAGGGGGGACCAUGGGCAGUUGGUGAAGGCCGCACCUGAGGAACGGAAGUUCAGCCACAUUCGCAUUGAGGGAGGGGGUGCGGUGUGGUUCGGGCGGGUCCUGGUUCUCUUCCAGUUCACGGGGCCCGAUGGUAACAGGAUCCAACGAGCGUUUAUCAAGUACUACGAUGAGGUUGAACCACGCUGUGCAGUGACUGGUUGCCAGCGUUUACUGCCGACCAGUGGGGUUGAUGAGUAUGCGGUGAUCGAGCUGGAGAGCAUCCUUUGCCUGGCCCACAUCGUGCCGUCAUUUGUCGAUCCCCAGUUCUUCUUGGUAAACAGGUUUUUGUUUUAG